CUCAAUUUCCAUUUUGUGUUCCCUGCAACCGAACACACCCCCAACACCUUUCCCCUUCUGGAGGCCUCGACACGGUCGACCCCAAAGUACCAAAGCCCUCAUCCUCUUCCCUCCCCUAACCUCAAAAACUCAAAAAACCCGAAAGCAUGGGCAAAGCUCGAGACGGUUCUCUCCCAGAGAACUCCGACGAAGAAACAGAAACGCCAUCUAAUCCGAAAUCGACAUCCGAACCUGAACCCGAAAAGACGAAGCCCAAAGACCACCGCAAAAGCGACCGAGGGAAAAAACCAAGCAAAUCACGAAAACGAUACAGCAGCAGUAGCAGUGAAGACGAGGACUCGUAUUCGGAUUCUGAGUCCGAAUCCGAGUCGGAGUAUUCGGAUUCGGAAUCAGAGUAUUCGGAUUCGGAGGAGGAGAGGAGGAGGAGGAAGAGGAAGAGGAGAGAGAGGGAAGAGAGGGGGAGGAAAAGGAGGAGGAAAGAGAAGGAAAAGAAGAGGAGAAGGAAGGAAAAAGAGAGAGAAGAAGAGAGGAAAAGGAAGAAGAGAAAAGAGAAGGAAAGGAAAGAAAAGAGAAAGAAGGAGAAGUUGGAGAGAGGGAAGAAAGGUGCAGUUACUAAUUCUUGGGGUAAAUAUGGAGUUAUCAGAGAUACUGACAUGUGGAACAAGCGACCUGAGUUCACGGCAUGGUUAGCAGAAGUGAAACAGAUUAACUUGGAAAGUUUGCCCAACUGGGAAGAGAAGCAGUUGUUUAAAGAAUUUAUGGAGGAUCACAACACGGCCACCUUUCCUUCCAAAAAAUAUUAUGACCUUGACGCUUAUUACAAGCGUAAAAUGGAGAAGGAAAAGAAAAAGGGUAUUAAAAAGGUUCUCGAUUCAGAGCGUACUGUAUUUAAUGAUGAAGAACAGCGCCGGCAAGAACUGCUUAUAGCCCGUGAAAAGCAGAAGGAAGAACAGGUUGAAGGUUUGAAGCGUGCUAUGCAGAGUGGAAUGGCACAAGCAAUGAAAGAACAAGCUCAGCUGCGGGAAGAGAUGGCUUACCAGUACAAAAUUGGCAACUUUGAGGCUGCAGCUGCCAUACAAAAAAGGCUGGAUCCAGAUGUUGCUAUGUAAGAAGGAUAACCUAUAUGGGUUUCAACUACUCAGAAAUCAUGCAUUCCACAUUGGCCGUGUAAGAUGCAUGGGGAUCUCAUCGGUUAUAAGCUUUGUAAUUACCGCCCAGGAGAGCAUAGUAUCAGGAGAAAGAAUUUCCUUCUAUUCUUGUCAGAUUGAGUAAAGUUGUAUCCAUUACCGGGUUAACAGUUUUAUAACUACCUUCUGCUCGCCCUCUCAUUGAAUUUGACAUUGGAAUAGCAUGUUUCUGGAUCAUCUUUAGUAUCCAAAAAGAGUAUUUUAUCGAAUCUAUAGUUAUGAGAUUUCAUGCUA